CCUAUAUUUAUUUACUUAGAGGCCUACCUCAACAAAGUUUCAUUAUUUUCACUGAUCUGUGUCUGUCCUGUGUGAUUUAUUUAAUUAAUUCAGCCAUGGAAGUGGAAGAGAAAUUUUCAGAUACAGAUAAGAUUCAGUUUAUUUUAGUGCCAAAAAGAGAACCUAAUGACGAAGAAUGUGUCAAAAACGUUAAGAGCAGUUGGCCUCCACAGGAAGAAUCAACUUGCAAUGAAGACCACAGGGAACCUAUUACAGAGAAAGUCAAGGAUGAAAAUCAACAUAUGUCACAAGAUUUUAACAUCUUGGUGGAUGAUCUUCUGAAAGACAGCGCAAACCCUAACAGUGAUGUAAAAGUCAAAUCUGAGCAGGACACAGAGGAACCUGAAGAAAAUGUUCAAGACUUAGUAGAGUCCAGGGUUGCUGAGCCUAAUCCAUCCGAUUAUGAGAUGUCUACACCUCAGGAGACUGUUGGAUCUGAAAGUGACAGUAGCGAGAGUCAUUCUCCAAAGAGAAAAAGAAGAAAUACCACAAGUAAGACCUUGCCAGUAGUAGCAGCCACAUCAAAUGAGAUUCAAACACUAUCUUCAGAUUCAGACUCAGAAGAGGAUUUCAACAUCUUGGUGGAUGAUCUUCUGAAAGGCAGUGCAAACUCUAAUAGUGAUGUAAUAGUAGAAUCUGAACCGGACACAGAGGAACCUGAAGAUAAUGUUCAAGACUUAGUAGAGUCUUGGGAUGCUGAGCCUAAUCCAUCUGACACUGAGUCUAAUCUAUCCGACGCUGAGCGUAAUCCAUCCGAUGCUGAGCCUAAUCCAUCUGACACUGAGCCUAAUCCAUCCGAUGCAGAGCCUGAUCCAUCCAAUGCUGAGCGUAAUCCAUCCAAUGCUGAGCCUAAUCCAUCUCAUGCUGAGCCUAAUCCAUCCAAUGCUGAGACUAAUCCAUCUCAUGCUGAGCCUAAUCCAUCCAAUGCUGUGCGUGAUCCAUCCAACGCUGAGCCUGAUCCAUCCUGUGCUGAGCCUGAUCCAUCGGAUGAUGAGAUUUCUACAAUUCAGGAGACUGUUGAAUCUGGAAGUGACCAUGGUGAGAGUCAUUGUCCAAAGAGAAAAAGAAGAAAUACCACAAGUAAGACCUUGCCAGUAGUAGCAGCCACAUCAAAUGAGAUCCAAACACUAUCUUCAGAUUCAGACUCAGAAGAGGAUGAAGAUACUUCUGCUCCAAUACCUGGAGAAGUAUGCACAGGAAUACAAGACGGUAUUUUGUGUCAAUGUGAAAGAUGUCAAAUGUGUGUGAAGAAAAUUGAACGUUCUAUUGAUAAAGAUGACACUAGUAAAGACAGCCAUAAACCAUUAUCUUGUAAUAUUUGUAAUCUGAGAUUUAUUUACAAAAGCAGGUUGGAAAAACAUUUAAAGGUUCACAAAGGACUAAAGUUGUUUCCAUGUGAUAUCUGCAAUAGAGCAUUUGCACAAAAAGGUGGCCUGAAAGCUCAUAUAGAAAGAAAACAUUCAACAAACAAAUGUAAAAGAGUGCAAACAAAAAAAGAGAUUUGUAAUAUUUGUAACAAAGAAAUCUCUACCCAUCGCCUUAAAAAUCAUAUUGAAACAGUCCAUUUUCGUAAGAUUGAAAGCCUUUUAUUUAGAUGUAAAGAUUGUGGAAAGGGGUUUAGCCAUAGAAAAAACCUUAAAGUACAUACGGAUGCUGUCCAUUUAAGGGAAAAACAAUAUAAAUGUGCUGAAUGUCAUAAAGUGUUUAAAAACAAACCAAUACUUAGUUAUCACAUUCAAACAUCACAUCAACAAAGAGAAGAAUACAUAUGUGCAAUAUGUGAUCGUACUUAUUAUACUAAAAAUAGUUUAUCUCUACAUAUAAAUAUACACUCAGGAACUACAGUUGUUCCUGUAUGUUGUGAAAUUUGUGGUAAAGCAGUUAAAAAUGAAUAUAAACUGAAAACACACAUGCUUGUACACAAUGAUGAUCACAAGUUUUCCUGCCAAAAUUGUGGAAAAUUAUUUAAACGAUUACAUAAUUUACAGCAGCACGAGCAUACACACAGAGAUAACAGACCUCAUGUCUGUAAUAUAUGUGGUCAAACUUUCAAACUAAGAACCCAUGUCAAACAACACAUGGCUGUCCAUGGGAUUAUCAAGAAUCACAAGUGUGUUGUCUGUGAGAAGACUUUUGCUAGGAAAACCCAACUGUACACUCAUAUGUCAACUCAUGGAUUGUGAUGAGCGUAAAAUAAACAAUAUACUGUAA